CUUAAUGUAUCGUUCCAAACACUCUGCAGAUUAGGUUUCCCCUUUUCAUCUUCCGUCAAAAAAGCAAUUCCUUCGUUCUUCUCUCUUCUCUUUCACGGGAAUUCUGAAUUGUUCUUUGAUUAUUGAAUUUUAUUUAUCAAUUGUUGAUUACCAUGGAGAUGACUCAUGUUCAACUCCAAUUUAUUCGUGAAAGCUGGCAGUGGUGGUGGUUGAAAAACUUUUUUGUUGGGUCCAGGUUAUGUAUUACUUUUUGGGUUUUAAACUAUGCUGUGUGAUAUGAAGAACUUUAUGGUAUGUGGUUUUACUUUUUGCGAAAGUAGCAGUUGCUGAAAAACUUUUGGUGAAUCAAGUAAUAUGUCUGACAGACCUUCUUUGAGGGCUAUAUAAGAGGUUCCAUUUGUCAUUUGGUAUUGUCGAAAACAAAGGUUCUUAUUUGUAAGUUUGUUUUCAAUCUACUCUGAUUCUGAUGACUUCUUCUGUUUCAAUCGAUUCUGUGUUGGCUCUUUGUCCUCCAAACCAUAACUGGAGGAUUAAGGUUAGGGUGGUGAGAUUGUGGAUUGCUGAUUCCUACACGGGAGAUAACAAACCUGUGUCAAUGGAGCUGAUAUUGGUGGACCAAUAUGGCGGAAAGAUUCAAGCUUCAAUUAGGAAAAUUUUGUUUAGGAAGUGGGCUGAGGUUAUAGUUGAAGGAAAUAUGUAUGUGAUGACAUUUUUCCAUUUGAUUCCAAAUAUGGGUUCCUACCGCCCCACUGAACAUGGCUUUAGGAUCUUAUUUAAUAACAAAACCAAUGUCAUUCCAUGUGAGAGUAGUAUCAUACCAAGGUGGGGAUUUACAUUGAAGGAUAGUGAAGCUGUUAAUGGAGAUGUUGUGCAGCCUGAGUAUUUAGUUGAUGUGUUGGGUUUGUUGACUGCUGCUUCUGAACUGAGGACCUACAUUAAGGAUGGAAUUUCCACUAGGAUGUUGUUGAUUGAAAUUAGUGAUGAGAAGGGUAAAGUAGAGUGUGCUCUAUUUGGUGAUUAUGCUGAUAUUGUGUCUGAUUUUAUUGCUGCUAAUGCCAAUGAAAAACCCGUUAUUGUGUUCCAGCUUGCCAAGAUCAAAACUUUCAGAGGAAAAAAUGUAUUGCAGAAUGUGAUGAAAGCUUCGAGGGUUAUCUUUAAUCCUGAAAUUGCUGAGGUUAUUAGUUUUAUGGAUAGGAUUUCUAUUGUUGAUUUUAAAAUAAAUGAACCUGUUGGUAAAUUAUUUACUCCCAAGCCUGCUCUUCCUAUGUUUGAAGACUUCAUGAAUACCCAUCCAAAGAAGUCAAUUAGUGGGUUGAAUGAGACUGCUGAGGAUGGGUUGUUCAUUGUGCUGGGGAAGGUAGUUGGUUUGUUGCAAGAUGAUUUGUGGUGGUACUUUGCUUGUAAGUGCCACAGAGCUGUAACAUAUGAUGAUGGAAUAUAUUAUUGUGCUGGAUGUUUUAAGCAUGUUAUGGAUGUUAUUCCAAGGUAUAGGAUUAAACUUGAAGUAAGUGAUGAGGUGGAUUCUGCAAACUUUGUUCUUUUUGAUUAUGAUGCUCAAUAUCUUCUAAUGAAGUCAUGCAAGGAAGUGUUGGCAUAUGUGAAGGAUCCUAAGUCUGGUGAAAUUCCUUCAAUGAUUGAAGAUAUAUUGGUUGGUAAAGAAUUGUUGUUGAAGGUUGAGAAGAAGUCGAAUACCCUUUUUCAAUAUGAUGAUUCAUAUCGCAUUAAGAGGGUUUGUGAUGAUCUUGCUAUCAUAGCGGCCUACAAAUCUGCUGGUCAUGUUGAAACACCAAAUAUGGGAAAUUCUAUGAUUGUUCAGUCCUUGACUGCUGUGAAGCUGGGUGAAGAAAAAGAUCUGUCACAGUGUCCAUCUAUAUCGGCUGAGGUCUCAGAUCCUGAUGUUUUAACACCUUCUUUGGGAGAUGGUCCAUCAUAUGCUGGUUGUUCUGGUAAUUUGUUCAAGAGGAAAGUUGUGGACCAGUCCAACACUGUUUCUGGAGUUGGCAAAUUGAAGAUGAAGCAAGUUAAGUUGGAGGAAGAGUAGUGGAUGCAAGUCAACUUAUGAUAAUGCUAUAUUAUAUUAGAAUAAAAUCUCAUUAGGGUGAGGGGUGAAGGUUUCAUGGUUAUGUUUAAGGAUUAUGGUAAUGGUAGUGUAUGAGAAGUUGUAAAAUAGUUCUUGUUAUAUGUUGCUGAUAGGUUUUGUGUGGAACCUAAUGGCGUAAGUUUGGUAUGUUGUUGCUGAGACAAUUUACCGUAAAUCAGUUGUAUUUCUAUUGUAAUUCUACUAAGUUGGUUUAUCAAUGAAUGAUUAUGGUAUGUGCAGUGUAAUUAAGAA